AUGGCGGUUAACCUGGAACAGCUUGUUGAUGACAGCGAUUGGACUGAGGUAAAGGUUAUCAACCGCUACGCUGUGUUCAUGAGUUAUCUAUCCAUGGCCAUCAAGGGCUUGGGUUUCUUGGUGCUUACUUGGACCACCGUUGUACUUCUCGGUGGCUUCGUCUCUAUGCUGCAUAAGAAGGACUUUUGGUGUUUGACCUUCAUCACCCUUGUACAGACAGCUGGGAUUUUUGAUGUUAAUCUGAAUGAGAAACUAGGCUAUAUGAAGAAUGCAUUCAUGGGGUUCUUCGUGGCCAUUGUUUGGGGCAUAGUAGGUGAACAUAUGGCCCCUCAGAUGACGAUGUACCCAGGCCCUCUGGUGAUUCAUUUCUUGACUUAUAUGUGUCUCAUGUCGGUGGCAUUACUUUUAACAUUGGUUCAAGUAGUGGUGUUUGCCAUAAUAUUGGGCCCUCUGGCGAUUAUAUACGUGCUUGGGAUAUUCAUGUCCGGAGUGAUUUCAUUGUGGCGUCUGAUAGAGCACGAUUAUGGGAGCAACUCGGAUGGAGAAGCAUCAAACCUAUCGCCGGCUAUGGACACCUUGUACUACCUUGCUCUGCUCCAGGGUGUGCUCUUCUGCUAUAGGUUCGUGUUGGGUCGCGUGGAGAAGAGGAUGCCUAAGGCCGGGGCCGACUCGAAAGUUCAAGUAGUACUUCAGAAUUACUUGCGCGAAACAAAGAGAGGAUGUGAGAAGGACCCGACAUUUGCGGAAGGAAGGAACCUUACCUCAUAUGCUGUUGGACAAGAUUGGUUCCAAUUCACCAGUUGA